UGUGAACGUCAGCAGCUCUUCCAAAGAUUUUCUUCUUCACAAGCGGAAGAGUUUGAAGAUGUCGAGCCGCCGGAAGUCCACCACACCUUGCAUGGUGCUGUCUUCUGAUGUGGUGCAGCAGGAAGUUGUGGAGGAGAAACUUGAAAGGACAAGGGAGGAAGAGGCAGGGGAUGAGGAGACCAAGGGGAAGGAGGGAAGUGAGGCGGUGCCGACUCCAGAGCAGCUCGAUCAGGCUGUUGUAGUCGUCCCCACUCCACCAGACGCAGAUGAAGGCAGUAUCUGUGAUGCUGAAGAUAGCCAAGUCGUUGGCCCCUCACAGUGCACAGUCGAUCCGUCUGAGGAUCAGCAGAACCAGGAACCCCAGAGCGAUUCACCUGAGGAGGACCCUGCUGCAGCUUCGGCCAUCUCUCUCAGCAAGACCCCCAUCAUGAAGAUGAAGACCAAAUCUGAACCCAAGAGAAUCCCCGUGUCCCUGAAAUCAGCAGAUGAGACAGGAGACGGUUUGGGAGGAGGUGAUGGGGAGCUGGGUGGAGAGCAGGAGCCCAUUGAAGCCCCUCUAGGACCGAUGACGCCUGUGGAGAUGUUACUGCAUGACUCCAUGAAGUUCGGUGGAGGGGGUAUCCUGGUCAGCCCCCCGUCAGAGCAACACAGAAAGACGUCAGUUUUAAACCCAACAGUUCUGCCUGCGGGCUUGGCUCAGGUGCUUUCUGCCUUUCAGGCCCAGCAGAACCCAGCAGCAGCUCAGCCCCAGCUUCUGAUCCCCCUCAGCAGCAUCCCCUCUUACAGCGCAGCUAUGGACACCAACCCCCUCCUGAGCAGCACCUACAGGAAGUUCCCUUACCCCUCCAUGGCAGAAAUCAGCAGCCUGGCAUCACAGACACAGUUCACAGAGGAACAGAUCAAGGUGUGGUUCUCAGCCCAGCGACUGAAGCAUGGUGUCAGCUGGACUCCGGAGGAAGUGGAGGAGGCCAGGAGGAAACAGUUUAAUGGAACCGUGCACACGGUGCCACAGACCAUCACUGUCAUCCCUGCACACCAGCUGUCAGCUGCUGCUAACGGGCUGCAGUCCAUCCUGCAGACCUGUCAGAUUGUGGGCCAGCCUGGUCUUGUGUUUACACAGGUUGGUCCAGGGGGGACUCUUCCAGUGACCAGUCCCAUCACAUUGACUGUGGCAGGGUUGCCCAGUCAGUCUCAGAGCUCCAGCAGAGUUUCCUGUCAGUCCACUUUGGCAAACAGUGAACUGAAACGGGCCACCACAGUCCAGCCUCCAUCUCUGUCUCCACAGGAGAACUCAGCCCUCUGUGCUGAUGCAUUCAGCAUGCGACCGAAGAAAUCCAAAGAGCAGCUGGCAGAGCUGAAAGCCAGCUACCUGAAAAACCACUUUGUCACAGAUGCAGAGAUUGCUCGGCUGAUGAAACUCACCAACCUGACUAAAGGCGAGAUCAAAAAAUGGUUCAGUGACACUCGGUACAACCAGCGCAACUCCAAGAACAGCCACAUCAUUGUUUUCCACAAUGGAGGGAGCAGAGGAGGGGGCGGUGCUGCAAACAUCCCCAUUGUUAUUGACUCGAGUGAUGAGACCCCCACAUCUCCUCAUCCUCCACACACUCCCCCUGUGAAGGAGAAGGAGACCCGAGCUAAAACGUGGAACCCUUUCCCAGACUUUACUCUGCAGAAGUUUAAGGAGAAGACGCCUGAGCAGCUGGUGGUGCUGGAAGAGAGCUUCGAGAAGAGCAGCGAUCCAUCAGAUGAAGAGCUGAACCGUCUGAGGACCGAGACAAAACUGACACGAAGGGAGCUCGAUGCCUGGUUCACUGAGAGAAGAAAAACUCCAGCUGUAAACGCUUCCUCUCCUGAAUCCUCAGAGGGAGGGAAAAUGGAGACAGAGGGUGCAAAGACAGGAGACGGAGAAGAAACAGGAGGAGCAGCCACCUCUCCUCCAUCAGCCUCCUCAUCUCGAAAGGGGAGUCAGACUCCUCCCGGCAGCAGGAAGAAAGACCUAAAGGAAAAAACUAAAAAGUCUCCUGAGCAGCUCCACAUUCUGAAAAGUGCUUUUGUAGGAACGCAGUGGCCCACACCGGAGGAGUACGAUCAGCUGUCAGAGGAGACCGGCCUCCCUCGACACUACAUCGUCAGCUGGUUCGGCGACUCUCGGUACUCCUGGAAAAAUGGAAACCUGAAGUGGUUCUUUCAGUACCAAAGUGGCAACGUCAGCGGACCAAACAGUGGCGCUGGUAAUAAAAUGGGAGGUGGCAGCGGCAGUCGAAAAAGACGCGGUCGGAACCGUGGAUGGGGGCGUUCCAAAAACAAGAGGCAGUCCAAGAGGUCCUCAUCCUCCUCCAGCACAGAUGUUCACAGAUCACCUCCAUCUAAGAAAUUCAAGACUGGGAGGGAAAUCCUGAAAGAGUACUACUUGAAGCACCACUUUCUCAACGAGCAAGAUCUGGAUGAGCUUGUCACCAAAACCAACAUGAGCUAUGAGCAGGUGAGGGAGUGGUUCGCUGAAGUCCAGCGACGUUUGGACGUGGGAUCAGAUCCCUUCCUGGAGCCGGAGGCAGGAAGAACCGAUGGAAAGAUAUCCACAAAGGAUGAUGGAGAGACGCAGGGCGAGAGGUCAGCAUCCACCGAGGAGCGAGCUGGCCCAGGACGAGGCGAUGAAGAGGAUGAUGAUGAAGAGGAUGAUGAUGAUGAAACAGACGACAGCGAGCUCUGGGAGCCGUCCCGCAGCGUCAGGAAGAGUUUAUCCGUUUCUGAGGACUAG